GGUAACAUGUUGAAAGAUAAGUAAACAGUUUCAGUACCCAGCUUCUUGCAAAGAUGAUGAUAGUUUACUUCCUGGGGGGAAAAUGCCCUUCACGCAGGAAUCAAUUUAUAAGCUGUAUGGUAAUAGACUCAAUAAAGCUUAUGAAUUAAGUAGUCAGAUAUUUUCCAAAGAACUGGUAUCCAAAUACUGUCAACAGAGGUAAAAGAAAUGCAUGUAGAAUUAGGUUCUGUUCCUGUUUUUUAUUUAGAUAAGUGACACAGGUGUGAUUUCAGUGGAUGCUUGGUGGGACAUCAACUACGGGACUUGGUGGAAUAUCAACCAUAAGAGCUAAAAACAUCUCUUGUAACCAAAAUGCAAAAUUUUCCUGUUUACACAAUCUGCUAAGAUAAUUUUUUCCCUGUGAAAUGAAGGAGUUUGAACUCAUUAUAGGCAGCCCUUAACUUGGAGGAAGAAUUCUGCCACAAGGAGACAAAAAAAAUUAAGUCUUUGAAAAUAAACAAGCACCAAUAACUUAAAUGUAUUUGACUAUGUAUUUCAGAUGUGUAUUUCCAGGAUUCAAAAGCAAUACAAUAUAGGGUGUAUAUUUGCCAGCUAGGAUGUACCUCAAGUUGUUCAAGACUUAAAGUGAAUCUAGUUUCAUAAGCAGCUUAUGGCACAGAACUGGGACAUAAAAUUCGAGAUCCUGAGGUACCUAAAGAAUCUUCUCGGUUGCAAAGAUGUUGGAGGAGGACAUGGAGGUGGCCAUCAAGGUGGUGGUAGUAGGAAAUGGAGCAGUUGGGAAAUCCAGUAUGAUUCAAAGAUAUUGCAAAGGAAUUUUUACAAAAGACUACAAGAAAACCAUUGGAGUAGAUUUCUUGGAGAGACAAAUUCAAGUUAAUGAUGAAGAUGUGAGGCUGAUGUUGUGGGACACAGCAGGUCAAGAGGAGUUUGAUGCUAUAACAAAGGCCUAUUAUAGAGGAGCCCAGGCUUGUGUUCUUGUGUUCUCGACCACUGAUAGAGAGUCUUUUGAAGCAAUCCCCACCUGGAAGGAAAAAGUGGUGACUGAAGUUGGAGACAUCCCCACAGUGCUUGUACAAAAUAAGAUUGAUCUUCUGGAUGAUUCUUGUAUAAAGAAUGAAGAGGCAGAGGCAUUGGCAAAAAAGUUAAAAUUAAGAUUCUACCGAGCAUCAGUGAAAGAGGAUCUAAAUGUAACUGAAGUUUUUAAAUAUUUGGCUGAAAAAUAUCUUCAGAGGCUCAAACAACAAACAACUGAAGAUCCAGAACUAGUACAUACAAGCAGUAACAAAAUUGGUGUUUUUAACACAGCUGGAAGUCACUCUGGCCAGAAUACUAGCACACUUAAUGGUGGAGAUGUCAUCAACCUUAGACCAAACAAACAGAGGACGAAGAAAAACAGAAGUCCUUUUAGCAACUGCAGCAUACCUUAGAACCACUGUGGAUGAGGAAAAGAAUGACAGUUCAUGGGAUGAAGCUGUGCAAUUAAAUAAGGAAUGCAGCCAGCUAUAGUGGUUUUUUAUCAGUGAAUUUUGCACCUACAGGAUCCUUGAUAGAUGGUGGAUUUAAAUAAAUUGUGGUUGCAAUGUUUCUUCAGUAAGUCGAGUGAGACCCCUGGUGGCAAAAAAAUAGAACCAUUGUUGCCCCUGUGCACCUCUUUAAAUUAGAUAAGCUUUUCCUGUUUGAAGGAAUGAUGUACAAAGCUAUGUGAUAGGUAUUGCUGAAUUAUAAAGCACACUAAAAUAUAAACAUAAUGUUUACAAGUAUUGGUACAGACCAUAAUAUUGUGGCCCAAGGUAAAGUAGCUUCUUUCCAACUAAAUUUACCAGCACAUUUGUUAGAAGACUGUUGAUUAACCAGUACCCUUAAAAAUAAAAUGAGGUGCAAGAAGGAGAUAUGCUUCCUAUGUCAGACUAUACCGAUAGGGUUUUGGCAGUUUUUUUUCUGUGCAAUAUAAUUGUAUAAUGUAUGAAUGUUAACUAAGGUGUGCAUAUAGGUACAAAAUGUUUGAGCUAAACAGAGAGGAAACAGUAUCUGAUGAGUUGUAGGGGACCAGGUAAUUUUCUUAACGAGCACCCUUAAAACUAACUUUCAGUUCUUUUAUAAAUGUGCAUUUCAAAUGAGGCUUUCCAAAGUAGUACUGUUUAGAUUUAACACGCUAUACUUUGGGCCUGAAAGCUUCAAUUAAAAAAAAAUGUGUGGUGCCAAAACAUUUUUUCUUCUUAACUGAUGCUGUACUACAGAUAUUUUGGUAAAGUUUUUGUUUUUCUUAGUCUUAGCUGGAUAAACAGCAAGGGUCUCUGAUUCUCACAUAUUCAGUCGGAAGCCCUUAAAUAAUUUCACUUGUGCUUCAGUUCAGAAAUAGAUUGCUGGCAGCAUCAGCUCUGAGACUUGUUGAACUUGAGGAACAGUUUCAAUAAAAUACUCGGCUCUAGUAAGAAAUUUAGAUCCAGCAAAUUCAUUAAAUCCAAUUAAUAGACUCAGAUUUAUAUUGCUGAUUAAAUCUAAUAUGUAAGAUCUGGGGUAAGGGAUAACAUUUUCAGAAGUGUUUAAGUCCCAUAUUUCAGAAGUCAUUUAGACAUUUAGGAGCCUAAAUCUAAUGGGAAGUUAAUGGUAGUUAAGCUCCUAAAUCAUUGAGGUGCUUUUAUAAAAAGUUACACAAGAUAGCUUUUAUUUACCAAAAACAUACAUUUUCCAUUCUCCAAGAGCAUGCAUUUUUUUUUUAAAUAUCCAUUUUGUUUACAUGUUUUUGUAUGGUAUUGUAUCAUUUUAAUCUUUAGGAUUUCUCUAACAAAGGUCUGUCAGCAGUAAAUGCAAAUAUUCUACUUUAAGAAAUUUGGAAUUGUAAUAGUUUCUAAAUAGCUGUAGUAGAGUGCAAAUGACGUGGCCUUCUUUAUUUUGGAGGAUGAAUAUUUCAUUCUAUGAAUUCAUAUAAAUUUAAAAUGUUUAAUUUUAAGAUCUUGAGCAUGAGAGCUGACGCACUUUUGUCCUACCAUAUGUGGGCAAGAGAAGUGUGUAAGUGGGAGGGUGAUAAUUUUUCAUAAACACUAAAUUAGAACGUUUCUGUUGUAUAUUAACAUAUUGACUUCCUAUGAAGUACCUGGAUUUUUUGGCUGGUUGUUAUGGCAUCUCCCAUUGCUGGCAAUGAGAUGUGCAUCAAGGUACUCAAUCCUCUCUGCUAUUGCAACAAAAGUGAUUUACCACAGCAUUUCUUACAUACCCUGUUCAAUAAAGGCCUUUAUUUUUAACAAGUGCAUUUAAUUGAUGUAUGGAUAUGUACAUGGGGCCAAAUUGUACCUGUCUUGUCUUGUAAGGUAAGCAGGAUUUGGUAAGGAAAGGAAUGACUAUUGUAAAUAAUGGGGCACAUCUUAAUAUUUCAGGAUUUAUGAUAGAAGUAGGUGUGAGGGAUUUUUCAAACUUUUUAACAUGGACAAUUUUAAAUGAUGCUGGUAGUCUAAAGUUUUACAUUUUUAAAACAAAAUUAGUUUGUAACUUCAGUUUUUGCCUUGUUUAACUGUGUAAAAAGUACUUAAGAACCUUUAGGACACAAAAUUGCCAUUUGUAUAGCUGUACUUAUAGUCAGUCAUCAUAACCACUAUUUUCAGGACUGAAAACUCAAUAACUUCUGUUCAAGGCUGAAAUUUGACAGACCUCCUCAGUAUGAGAGAAGCUGAAAUUCAGUAUUUGCAUGCUUGAAGUUAAGUGUGCAAGUGUUCACAGGAUGGAGUAGUAGUGUUUAUUUCCUACCCCUCAAUCUAAAGUGGUUUUCUAUUUUUAUAUUUCUAGAAGACAUUCUCCAGAGAUGCAGGAUAUAACACAUUAGUUUACUGGUAGUUUACUGUACAUAUAUACUAAUUGAAAAAUAAUUUAUUUUUUAAUGAUUUGAACAUGCAGAUAUGCAGCAACUGAUUUCCAUAUAGCAGAGUUCCUUAGGCACUCAUUUAACUUCUCAUACAAAAUAAGUUUCUGACCUUUGGAUGAAAAAUAGGAAUAAGCCCUUAGCAUUUGUACAUGCGAUUUGUACACAUGAUUAACUUUAAUGUGGACUAGCAUUACCAGAAAAUAGUGAAUCGUCAUUUAAAAUAAUUCUUGAAGACAACAUAGUUUAUUCACAAACUUAGAUAUGGAGAGCCGAUAAGAAAAUGCUAUAUUUAGUGCAUCUCAUUGUGACUUUGUAGAACAGGAUGUUGUCCUCAUAUUUACAAAUAGCAGUAAUCCUGCGUGCUGUACUAUGAGCAAUAGAGGCAUUUGUACGCAUGCUUGUGCAGCAGCACUUUGCUGCAACGCAUACAUUUGUAUAAACAGCAAAAUGCACAUCAGCGCUGAGAAAAUGGCAGCAGCGUGCUUUUGAACUAAAACACAUUUGAUGUAUUCAACUCUAUUAAUAGAGCCUGCUCUGACGCACUGGAUUUCUGGCAUAUUGGAGCAAAUAUGUGUGUAUAAAUGCCAUAAGUGCUCCCAUCUUAGCAAAGGAAGUUGUAUUUUGUUGGUACAGUGAAAUGCAGGCAAACUGCUGACUUCUCUGUAUUGGGUAGUCUAACUGGACCUUAUCAAAACCAUUUAUGCUAUCAACUGAAGAGUCUCCUUACAAGGAAAGCCUCAGUAAUUAGUUGGGCCUUAGCUAAGUGAGUAUUCAUUAAACUAGUAUUUACACUAAAGCAGUAGUUUAAGCAUCUUCCAUUAUUUCAUUGUAUCCAUUCAGUGAAUGAGCUUGUUUCUCUCAGUGAGGUCUGCCUUUUUAAUGAGCCUUUUAAACAAUGGUACCAUUUGAUGCAAAGUAGGAUGGAUAUGUUUAAUUUUCCAUUGGAAAUAACAAAGCUCAGAAUUUGAAGUUUAGUUACUUUUAAGAUUUCUUUUGGUUAAUCUACCUUGAAUCUUGUAAAGUCUAACUUUAAGGCAGUUUUAAGGCUUUCUGGUUUUCAGUGCUUCUUUAAAGGCAAAACUUACACUUUCAGUCCCAAUGUGCAUCACCAUACUGUCAAGCUGAUUUCCUGUUUUGUUUACACUUAAGAUAAAUUGUUUUUACUCUUUAUAAUUAGUAAUUAGGAUACAGCUGAUAUUACAGGAUAGGGAGCUUGUGUCACUUCUGUAGAUAUCUUUAUAAUAAAGGGAAUUGAGCUGCUGAACACAUUGUACUGCUUAGAACUUGUGCUUGUAUGCAGUGCAUAAUGCUCAAUGAACGUGCACUUUGAACGUAUUAAUUCAUCAGUUAAAGCUGGUAGCUAUCAGUUAAUGAGUAAUACGAGACUUCAUUAUUUGCACUGGUAUGCCUGCUUGUGGGUAAUUCAAGCUUACAACUACAUAAGAAACAAGCUUAUUGGAUUCCACUGACAAUUCCUGAAAUCACAUUAAAUUUCUAAAUGUUGUCAUAUUUUGUUGGCCAAAAUAGUUGACGUACAACUAGUGUUCAGUAAGAUGAAACGCAACCAUGGUCCACUUAGCCUGCCUGGCUCCAUCAAAUUACAUUGCUAUAUUGCUUUAAUCACUUCUACAGAUUUUCAAAUAUUGUGAAUGAAUUUGAGGCUUAUAAAUUCAAACUAUAGUCUCUAAUGCCAAAUAGGUAUUUUAGUUGCAACAAAGUUAAACAGGCAGCAAUAAGAAUUAACAGCGUACCACAAAAAUAGCAAAUUUGACUUCAUACACUGUUUUAUGAGAGUAAGGGAAAAUGCUUUAAACAAUUAUAAUUCCAAUAAAUUCUGUUAAAUAGGAGCAGAGAGACACUGACCUUAAAGCCAUGUGAAUCUUGUUAAGGUAGAAAAAAGGUCUCAGUCUCAGGGGUGUGUCAUCUCUCUUUUGAGAUAAGUGUUUAGAAGGCUGCUGACUAAAGGCUUUAAAAACAGAAAAUGGUUUCAUUUGGACCAAAUGGAAUAUUGCUCUCAUUGCUACAAUAACAACCCAUUGUUACUUAAGUGACUUAGAUGAGCUGAAAAUUUCUGUGAAUUGGGAUGGUAAAAACAAUGUAUAAAACUGUUCUAUCAUUGUCAUAUACUUACAUGUAAUAAAUAUCAUACUUAUUUUUUUUAGAAAUUCAUGUCAACAUGACUUGCACUUAAUCCCCAAACAAGUGGAAAAAUAAAUGUUUCACCAUGAA